AUGCACCAGUAUUCCCUCGAUGAUAACCCACCAGCUAUCCCAUCCGUCAGUCCCAUUUGCUCUCAAGAACUACCACCCCCCUAUAUAGCUCUUAUGCCAUUUUCCGAUCUGGCACCUGUAUACAUUAGUAUUUGCGUUGAGGGAUAUGAUCCUUCACUUUGUGGGGAAAAACUUAAGUGCGUGUUGAGGAAACAUUUCUGGCGUUGCGGAACGCUCGCGAUCAUACGUGUUCCCAGAGUUUGUACAAUCAACAGAUCUUUCAUUACUUUUCUUGGAGGACGCGGACGCGACACAGAAAAGAAUGCGUUGGAACGUAAUGGAAGUGACAUGGAAGGAUGGAAUAUAGUCGUUACGCCUUUCCCGUAUCCAAACCCAAUUCCUGAAUUGGAUGCUUACAGGAAUCCAUCCAAAUCCUGCGUCAAAGCCGAAGAAGAUGAAAGACAAGGAGGCUGGAUAAUUGUUUUCGCAUAUGGCACUUCGCGUACUAACGACGAGGAUAUCAAGAAAUCCUUGAUUAAACAUUUCUCUUCAUGUGGAGAGAUCACUAGUGCUUACGUUGUAAGAAGCAGAAAAGUUAAUAGAGUUAAGGUUUUAAUUAAGGGAGAAGGCGCAGUGGAAAAGGCGCUGAAGCUUACUGGAUGUGAAUGUAGUGUGAAAGGGUGUAAGCUUGUAGCUAAGGAGUUUCCAAGAAGUGAGGUUACUGGCUAUACUAUCCAAGAUCCUUGUUUUCCGGUGGCUAAGAAGGUUAAGGUGUAG